AUGCAAGUGAUCCUUUCGCCUGUGCGUCUCGUUAGUCGAGCGUGUACUUCGAGCAGGCUUCCCGUGCUGGCGUCGCGCAGCCACUUGCAUUCGGCGAGCAAACCAAAGGUGUUACUUCUCGACCAGAUCAAGCUGGCCACAACCGAGCUCGGACAGCUCUCCAAAGUGGCCAAUGUAGUCGAAUCGACGGCAAAGACACGCCAGGAGCUCAUCGAGAAGUUCCAGAGCGGCGGCGAAUACGCCCAGGUCGUCGGCAUCUACCGUCACUUUGGUGGCGCUCGCUCCAUCAAAGUCACCGGUCGCUUCGAUGCUGAGCUCGUCUCUCAGCUUCCAUCAACGCUGCGUUACAUUGUGCAUAACGGUGCAGGCUACGAUCAGCUAGAUGUGCAGGCUUUAUCCGACAAGGGCAUCCAGGCGUCCAACGUUCCAACAGCUGUUGACGAUGCUACCUCGGAUGUGGCGCUCUAUCUUCUUCUCGGCGCACUUCGCCGCUUUCCUCGCGCAAAGGCACAGAUGAACGCGGGCAAGUUCAACUCUGCUUUUUCCUUUCUCGAUGCUAGGGACCCACGCGGAAAGACGUUGGGAAUCGUAGGAGCUGGAGGCAUAGGCAGAGCGUUUGCGCACAAGGCAUCUCAUGCUCUGGGCGUCAAGGUCAUCUACCACAACCGCAAUCAGCUUAGCAGCGACGUCGAAUCCCAAGCAGCAAAAGGUGGUAUGAAGUACGCCAAGACGCUAGAGGAGCUGCUCCAGCAAUCCGACAUUGUCUCUCUACACUGUCCCCUCACGCCUGCCACCAAAGGUCUCAUCGGAAAGCAACAACUUGAAAUGAUGAAAAAGGACGCCAUCUUGAUCAAUACGGCGCGCGGUCCCGUUGUCAAGGAGGACGAGUUGGCAGAGGCAUUGGAACAAGGCGUCAUCGCCGGUGCUGGUCUCGAUGUGUUUGAAGCCGAGCCCAAGAUCCACGAAAGACUCUUUGCGCUCAAAGACACCAACGUGGAGCUGCUACCUCACGUCGGCACUCUGACGCUCGAAACUCAAACCGAAAUGGAAGCCGUCUGCUUGCGAAACCUUAUGCAGGGACUUGCCACCGGCAGGCUCGGUUUCACCGUUCCUGAACAGCGGCACGUCGCUUUCAACUGA